AUGUCUGCGGUGCUCCAGAAGCUCAAGAGGUUCAAGCUGCGGGCCCUGCACAACCAGAAGAAAUUUGGGGUGGCGGGCAGGAACUGCGAGGAAGUGCUGCGGAAGGGGUGCCUCCACUUUCAGCUCCCCGUUGCCGGCUCCACCCUGUGUCUCUACGAGGAUGGCACGGAGCUUACUGGAGAUUACUUCUGGAGUGUCCCCGAUGACUCGGAGCUCGUGCUUCUCACUGCGGGGCAGACCUGGCAGGGUUAUGCGAGUGACAUCAGCCGCUUCCUGAGCGUGUUCCAGGAGCCGCACGCAGAGCUCAUCCAGGCCGCCCGGCAGAUGCUCUCGGACGAGCGGGCCCCGCUGCGGCAGAAGCUCCUGGCCGACCUGCUGGGCACCGUCAGCGAGAACAUCGCGGCCGAGACCAGGGCCGAGGAUGCGCCGUGGUUCGAAGGUUUGGAGUCCCGGUUUAGGAACAAGUCUGGCUACCUGAGAUACAGCUGUGAGAGCCGGAUCCGGAGCUACCUGAGAGAGGUGACGGCUGGCGCCUCCCUGGUUGUGACGGAGGCUCGGGGAGAGUACCUGCGGGUCGUGGGUGCCAUGUGCCAGAAGCUCCAGGCCGCCCGGUACAACAGCAGCUACUUUGACAGGGGGGCGAAGGCCAGCCGCCGGCUCUGCACGCCUGAAGGCUGGUUCUCCUGCCAGGGUCCCUUUGACGUGGACGACUGUGCUUCCAGACACUCCAUCAACCCCUACAGUAACAGGGAGAGCCGUGUCCUCUUUAGCACCUGGAACCUGGACCACGUGAUAGAAAAGAAGCGCACGGUCGUCCCCACGCUGGCCGCGGCCGUCCACGCCGCCGAGGGCAGAGAAGUGGACUGGAAAUACUUCUAUCGCCUGCUCUUCACCUCUGAGAACCUCAAGUUAGUCCACAUCGCCUGCCACAAGAAGACCACCCACAAACUCCUCUGCGACCCCGGCAGGAUCUACCGAGCCCCGGCGGUGCCCCGGAGGAAGCGGCGUGCUCGCCAGCGCCCGUGA